AUGGAGAGGACUCGCACCCCAAAUACGCCCCUGAAAAACAGCGGAGUGGAGCUCUCCUCUCCCUGCAGGAAGAAGCCCACACAUGUGACAGUGAACUGCUGGUUCUGCAAUCAGGACACGGUGGUGCCCUACGGGAACCGCAACUGCUGGGACUGCCCCAACUGCGAGCAGUACAACGGCUUCCAGGAGAAUGGAGACUACAACAAGCCCAUCCCUGCCCAGUACAUGGAACACCUUAACCACGUUGUGUCGGGCACUCCAACUUUCUGUGACCCUGCCAAACCACAGCAGUGGGUGAGCAGCCAAAUUCUGCUCUGCAAGAAAUGCAACAACCAUCAAACCAUGAAAAUCAAACAGCUGGCUUCAUUCUCACCAAGGGAGGAGGGCAAGUACGACGAGGAGAUUGAGGUGUACAAGCACCACCUGGAGCAGACCUACAAGCUGUGCCGCCCGUGCCAGGCUGCUGUGGAGUAUUACAUCAAACACCAGAACCGGCAGCUGCGGGCGCUGCUGCUCAGCCACCACUUCAGGCGCCGGGAGACGGACAAGAGCUACAGCCAGAAUCUGUGUUCAUCCUCCUCUUCCACUUGCAUCACCACACCAGCUCAGGUGAUACUUCUGCGGUUCCUGGCCUUCCUCAGCUGCGCCUUCCUGGUUCUGAUGGCCUUGUACGGGUCAGGCGACCCCUUCUCCCUCAGCACAGCUGUCCCUGCUCCUGUCCCCUCUGCCCCCCUGCGGAACAGGACCGGCGUGGGCAGUGCCGGGGGCAGGGGCAGUGCCAGCUCGGGGCAGGGCUGGCAGGAGCUGCUCCACCUGCUCCCACAGCACCUGCUGGAGAGCCUGAGCGCGGCGUGGGCCUACGGCAAGAAUCACCAGAUGGCAGUGGCCGUGCUGGGGCUCUUCACCUGCCUGCUGGCCAUGUUCCUGGCUGGGCGCAUCAGGCUCCGGCGGAUCGAUGCGUUUGCCUCGGUGCUGUGGCUGGUGGUGAUGAGCCUGCAUCUGGCCGAGCGCUACCUGAAGACGGACAGGCCCAGCUGGCUGGACACGGCCAAGUUCAGCACCACGUCCCUGUGCUGCCUGGUGGGCUUCACCGCAGCCGUGGCCACGCGCAAGGCAACGGGCCAGCGGAGAUUCCGGCCCCGAAGGUACCUCUCUGGGGACUCCAUUACUGUCUUUCCCAGCAGCCCUGGCACGGCCUUCCCUUCACCUGCUACAUCUCUGUUUGUCCCAACACCACCCAGCAUCCUCCACCUGACAAACCAGCAGCUCUUCAGGUCCCCACGCAGAACUUCCUCAUCCUCCCUUCCCGGCCGUCUCAACAGGGCGCUCUCGCUGGGCACCAUCCCCUCGCUGGCACGGGCAGAUUCUGGCUACUUGUUCAGUGGAAGCCGACCGGCCUCACUGUCAUCCCAGUCCAAGGAGUCCCCUGCAUCAGAUCCCUUGUCCCUGCUGUCCGGCAGCGCUGUCCCCUCCCGCAUCCCGUCCCCGGCGCCGUCGGUGGCCGGCUCGGUGGCCUCGGGCUCGGUGGCCUCCAGCUCGGGGUCACUGCGCUUGCGCCGGCCGCUCAUCAGCCCUGCCCGCCUCAACCUCCAGGGCCAGAAGCUGCUGCUGUUCCCGGCACAGAACGAGGCCCUGCUCACCCCGAGCGGCUCCGAGGAGCAAACCCACUCCGACAGCAACGCCUCUGCCCCCGAGCUGCCCGGCUUGCCCAGGAGGAACCUCGCGGAGCGGGGAGCGCCCGAUAUGAGAUCUGCUGUGGAAGGGGGGAGUAUUUGUAGUGAUAAUUCCAUCAAAAAGGAGGAUCACUCAUCACACUCAUCUACCUGUGUGGUGGACACAACUACCAAAGGGGAAGAUUUGGCAGGUUGGAAAGGUCGCUUUGGUACCUCUGCCCUCCGGGGCUUGCUGGCCGUGAGCCUGACUCUCAACGCUGUCUUCACCUCAGCCUACGUCUACAGGAGCCUGCGCUGAUUUGUGCCAGCACUCCCUUUCUCUCUGGUUCCACCUGGUCCUGAGGAGACAAGAAGAACUCAACCAUGGCUCCAUGGCCAAUGGCCAUGCCACGGGUGCAUGCUGUUUUUUAAAAACCUACUGUACACUCAACUGGCAUGAAAAGGAAUCUGGGCAGCUGCUGCCAUCACUUCCAGGUAGAAAAUAUCCCAGGAUUGUCCCUGGAGAUGGCAGGCAGAAUUCCCAGCUCCAGUUCAAAGCAGGAGGCAGCCCAACGGCUCACAUGCUUUCUUUGAAAAGAACUGACCUGAGACACGAGCCUGAAAAUGUGUGAGCUGUGUUUUUAGGAACCUACCCCCAGCUCUUUCUGACAUACUGACCUCGUGCUGAUGGUGCUGGUAAAAUGGGGGGAGUUAGAACAAAUGAGCUGAAGAAGAGGGAUGGCUUAGUAGCUGGUGCUGGGCUUUGGCUACUGUAACAGCAUCCCCAGCCUCUGCUCAGUGGUUCCUCUUCUCUCUUCUCUUUGGCAUUCUUCUCUAAAUUGUCAGUGAACUUUCUUUAGUUGCCUUAAGCUUGCCUAAGCACAUGGGUGACCUUGGCUGCUCUGUCAUGUUCUUGCAUCUUAGAUGUCCUUGUGCUUCCAGCUGGGCCUGGCCCCGAGGCCGCUUUCCCCAGCUCCAUUCUGGCUCCACUGGCUCUCGGCUGCUGAGUGUAGCUGUGUCCAGCCAGCUCUGGCUGCAGGGGAGCUCAGCCCCGACAGACACCCUGUGCUGCCUGCAUCAGAACCUGGAAGCCCAUGCUGUGCUUUGCCCAGGAGGCAUCAACUGUGUUACUCUGAAGUGGGUGAAAGGAAAGGACCCCGGUGUGAUUUGCACCAGUCAAAGGGCUUCAGCUCACAGCUCUGCUGGAGUUUUCACUGAAGCAGUGAGUGGCAGAGCCUGUUCUUGCUGUAAAUCGCACAAAUCUGUUCUGUUAGAGGUGGGUGAGGAGCUGUCUGAUUGUAUACAUCUAUCCAGAAACCUGACACCUCAGUUUGAUGCUGGGAUUUGCUAAGUAGCUGUUAAAGAUAUUUCUUGUUUAGUGAAAUUCCCAGGUGCUCUCAGUGAGAAGUGCCAAACCUGCUUCUUGACAAUUCAGCCUUCUGGGUAGAUUCUUCUUUUCCAGCCCAAGGAAAGUAGUAGAUUUUCAAAAGUAGUUUGUAAUUUGGGUAUUUCUGCUUUUGGGUGAGUCUUCAGCAUUGCUUAGAAUUCAGGGGCCAUUUAGAGUAUUGUGCUGAACACUCAGAAUCAUUUAGUGCAUCUUAGAGGAAAAAAUAGAAAUCCUGAUGUUGAUGUUUUGGUUCCCAAAAGCCAAGUGCAGAGAGGUUUACCAGUGUGUCAAAAAUACCCGGUGAGAAGAGAGUUGACUGGCAUUAGCUGUGUAUUUCCUGAAGCAGGACUUGGAUCUAUUAAGAGUUUUUCUGUUGUCUCUUCCUCUGGGCUCCUUUACCUCAAAUUUCACUCCCCCACCCCACUGCCCUGUGUUUGCAUCCUAAAUUGGUGCUGUGUCUUUCCCUCCCUUUCAGUUUGCUGCUGUUCCCUCUCGUGUGUUCUUGCAUGUGCACAGAACAAAGCGUGUCUGCUGCUGACCACUGUCUGCUCUGACCCUGAGAGUCACUUCAUUUUCUUCUUGUGUGUUUUAAUUGAGUUCCUACCCCAGCCUCACUCGGUAGCUGAUGGGAGCCCUAGCCAGAGUCUAAUCAGCCUGCAUGUGACAGCUUAAAUGGGGCUUUCCUGCUGCUGAUUCGAGCACUGAAAAACCGAGUGUCUGUGUUUGCCAAGUCUCCUUGCAUGGUUCCAGCUGCCACUUCCAGCUGCUGCUCCCGCCCUCCCUGAGGGUGAGACUGGUCCCUGCCAGAGCUGCACUCACACGUGCUGCUCCGAGGGCUGAGGAAAGGUCGCUCCUGACUCUGCAUCUCCUUUGGCCUCCUCAGAGAGCUGCUGCAGGGCUGUGAAGGGCAGCACCUCCUGGACAAGGGCCCAGGGCCAGGAGAGACCUGCAGCAGAAAGAUGUGCUGCAGACUGCUGAUGAAUUGUGUUGUAUCUUGCAUGAAUAGUUCCUUGUAGCCAAACCGGACCCAUAACCUGUUGUAAAGAGAUUUUUGUCCCUUUUAUAGACUUUGCACGCUCACCCGAGCAUGUGUACAGGCAGGAUGAUGGCAGAGCAACUGCCAAGCUUCUCUUUAAACCUCUGCUCCCUGGGUUCCAUGAUGUUCUGGUGCAGUGUGUGACAUCCCAUUCACGGAUCCUUGUCCUGCCUAGAGGCCUCCUGCAGAGACGAGCUGCCAGAAGAUGCUGUGGCUUGUCUUUAUCACCCAGCAGAUGUGCACUGUGACUUCAUGUAUGCAAACCUCCCACUUCCACCUCCCAGCCUGCGCUGAGUUUCACCACCACACUCGACCAGAUUGCAAUACCAACCUUGUCCUCCUCAUUGCAAUACCAACCUUGCCCUCCUCUCCAGCAACCCAGGAGCUGCAGCAUCUCCGCACACCUCUUCCCACCCGCAUUCCAGAGCAGGAACGCUGUAACCUGUCACUGCACUUCUGUGGCUGCUCACUCAGACUGUUCCUGGAAGGGGUUUGGUGACCUUGUCCAAAGCAAUAGAGAGACUUUGGGUUUUAUUACUGAAGAGGGAAGUUUUUCAUUCUGGUGCUAGAACUCUCCCGUGGUGCUCUCACAGUUGUGAAGCCUUUGCUUGAGGAAUACACGAGUGUGUGUGUGUGUGUGUGUGUGUGUGUGUGUGUGUGUGUGCCUGCUGAUACACAAAAACAUUUGGAAGGUUUCUUCAUUUCAGAAGAUCUGAGCCCAUGUUUGUGUUUAUAUUGUUGGCCUUAAUCUAGCUCGUAGAUACUGUGUCUAUCUUGCUGCUCUUUUCUCUACAAAGCUGGUUUGGAGGAAGCAGAAGUUUAUCUGGUCCCCCUGUAAAAAUCUCUGUGACUGAUGAUGUUGAUCUUCAUACAGUGUUGCUCAGGGGGGGAGAUUUUAUUUUUCUAAUACUUUUCCUACUGUAAAAAUUGUUGGAGUGUAUGGAGUGGAAAAGAUCUUUACAAAAUGGCCUGAUAAAGAUUUGAACAUGACUUAAUAAUACCAACAAUUAAUGAUUAGGUGGAAUAUAAAUGAGCUUUAUUUCUACACCUUUUCCAUUUCCUACUUUCCAUUGAAAAUGUCCAGGUACUUCUUCUUUAGAUAUGGGCUUGUUAGACAUGUUCUGAGACCUUGCAGAUACUUUAGAUGAUUUUGCUGUUCUGAAUUAAAAAGAAUUUGUAUUUUGGAGUCUGGUUCCAGUUCUGCAGUCUGGGAAGUUUGGCAGAUGUGACAGAUAUUAUGCACAUAUCUAUUUGAUGGGAUAGAGGGAGUGGGUAGAACGAGUUUCUGGUUUCUGAAGUUUAUCAUAUCUUUUGACAUAAAAACACAGACAUUAAAUUGGUCACUGUGUGGGGAAAUAUCCUUACUGCUGGCAUAUGUAGGCCAGAUUCACUGAAUUUUAGGCUAUUUGUUCAAGCAACAGAUCAGGCCUGUGAAUGUUUGAUUCCCACUCCCUCUUCCUGGGUGCUGGGAACAUCUGUAAAACACUGCUGACCUGGCUGGGUUCCUUGUGACAGGGCAGCUGGACUGAAGGGCUUCUGUUGCCUGUGGAUGCUGCUAUAUUUUUUUCUUCCAAGCACCAUUCCUGGAAAUAACGAUGGUCUUAACCUCUCUCACAAAGAUUUGUUAAAAGCCUGGGAUGGGCCAAUUUGGCCCAUACUUUUUUUUUUUUUCCCUUCUUAAAUAUACGUUGCAUCCAGAAAUUAUCAUCACUGUGUUCUGGUGUGGGAGUAAGGUACAGAGUAUUUUUGGAUUCAGUGGGUAUCUAGAGAGGGUGAGGAGGACAAUUUCAAGUCCUAAACCUUAUUUCCUGUGAAAGAAAGACUGUAUGUUAUGUGUGUGUACUUCUUUGGGGAGCUCUAUCACUGUACAGUUUAGUUAAACAUGCUCCAAGGAAGGAGAAGCUGUUCCUCGGAGGUUUUUAGUUCAUGCUUUGUGUUUAAAGAGGAAUAUUUUUCUUUAAAAAAUAAAACCGGAUAAGUUUUCACCUUA